GCGCAGUAGAAAUUGGGUUUCCGGUCCGCGAUAAAACUAGGAAUAUGUUGUUAAGUCGCUAACCUUGGAGACCGUAGUGAUUUUGUCCCACCUGCGGUUAACCGAUCUAGCUUACACAUUCGCCAGUAACAUACGGUGCCAGUCAUGGGACAUGCUUGCGUGGAUAAGAUUGUUGCACUGCAAAGAAACCCCGCCAACACCCGAAACCUUUGCAUUCUGGCACAUGUUGAUCAUGGUAAAACUACACUGGCUGACUGCUUAGUAGCAAGCAAUGGAAUCAUAUCAAGUCGACUGGCUGGAAAACUAAGGUAUCUGGACAGCAGGGAAGAUGAGCAGAUAAGAGGGAUCACCAUGAAGUCCAGUGCUAUCUCUCUACAUUACACUAAAGGGGAAGAGGAGUUCUUAAUAAAUCUGAUCGACUCUCCUGGUCAUGUUGACUUCUCUUCAGAAGUUUCUACUGCUGUCCGGCUCUGUGAUGGGGCUAUUGUAAUUGUUGACGCUGUUGAAGGUGUGUGUCCUCAGACCAAGGUAGUGCUCCGUCAGGCAUGGCUGGAGAACAUCAGGCCAGUUCUAGUCAUUAAUAAGAUGGAUCGACUUAUCAUGGAGCUAAAGCUCACCUCUCAGGAAGCUUACAACCAUCUACAAAAGAUUCUAGGACAGGUGAAUGCGGUGACAGGGACGUUGUUCACAUCUAGAGUUCUGGAGGAGCGAGCAGAGAAAGAGAAGGAAGAAGGGGAGAAUGAGAAAAAGAUGUUGAGUGGAGAUCAGCUUUAUGACUGGAGUGCAGGGCUGGAGGAGGCUGAUGACUCUCAUCUCUACUUUUCUCCAGACCAAGGAAAUGUAGUCUUUGCUAGUGCAAUAGAUGGAUGGGGCUUCAGUAUCCAGCAGUUUGCCAACAUCUACAGCCAAAGAAUGGGAAUUAAGGCAGAAGUGCUGCUCAGAACUCUCUGGGGAGAUUUCUACCUCAAUGCAAAGGCAAAGAAGAUCAUGAAAGGUGCUCAGGCCAAAGGAAAGAAGCCACUGUUUGUGCAGCUUGUGCUGGAUAACAUUUGGAGUUUAUAUGAUGCUGUUGUCACCAGAAGAGACAGGAAUAAGGUGGAGAAGGUGAUGACGUCACUCGGAAUAACGGUGAUGGCAAGGGACUCUCGCCACUCUGAUCCCAAAGUACUACUUUCUGCCAUUUGUACCCAGUGGUUACCAGUUUCCCAGGCUGUCUUAUCGAUGGUGUGUGAGAAGCUUCCAAGCCCCUUGGACAUGGUACCCGAGAGGGUAGAGAAACUGAUGAGUGCUUGUGCUCGACGAUUUGAUUUGAUGCCUGAACAGACACAGGAACUCCGAAGAGCAUUUCUUGAGUGCUCAAGUGGGGAUGAUGCUCCAGUCAUCAUCUUUGUGUCCAAGAUGUUUGCUGUAGAUACCAAGGCUUUGCCUCAGAACAGGCAACGGCCAUUGACACAGGAGGAAAUUGCACAGCGCAGGGAGCUAGCCAGACAGAGACAUGCUGAUAGGAUGAUAACUGAUGGUAAACCAGCAGAGAGCUGCAAAGAACCUAUCAGAUCAGAGGCUCUACCACUGGAAGGAAACUCUUCUGGACUCAGUACAAGUAAAACGACUUUGCAUGAGGAGGUAGAUGAACAGAAAGAGACCUUCAUAGCAUUUGCACGAAUCUACAGUGGAACGGUCAAGAAGGGGCAGAAAAUGUUCAUCCUGGGGCCAAAGUAUGACCCUGCCCAGGGCCUAAGCAUGUUGCCAGAGGGUUGCACUGCUUCAGACUCUGUGCCAGAAGUGCCCCAUCUGUCCUGCUGUUCAGUGGGAAGCAUCUACCUGCUGAUGGGCCGAGAGCUGGAGGAGCUGGAGGAGGUGCCAGCAGGAAAUGUCUUAGGUAAAUACCUCUGCAUAAUUUCUUUGGCAACUGUGUUCAUGUGCUGUCCCCGGCUUGUUUAG